UAACAUUUCUGAACCAGUUACACAGCAUUGUAGUGGAGAUUGGUCUGAAGAGCAGGUUAACCGUAUCCAGCACGAAAUACGGAAGCUGAAGACUAAGCUACAUGAAAUGACAGAUGCAACCGAUGUAGAAGGACUUCAGCUAAAAGAUGAAACUGAUGCCAAGGAAUUGGCUUCAUCCGCUGUUCAAUGCAAGCUUCACAAAGUUGCUCAAGAGCAUUUUCAGGAGUACAGGCACAAUAAAGGGAGAAGAGGCUGCUCUCUGUGGAUGACCGGUGGAAAAUCCAGGCUCAUCAGCUCAUAUCAGCUAAAAUCAAGCACUCCAGAGUGUCAGCUGGGAUCUCUGAUUUGUUGGAGAAAGGUAAGGAAGACAAAACGAAGAUUUAUCUCAAAGUUCGGCAACAUAGCACACCUCCAGCUGCGGUGAGGCAGCGGGUUGAUGCUUGCAUUGUAGGUACAGCAGACCUCAUUAAAAUUCCACCUUAGCUCAAGUGCUUCAAAACAGCAUCACAAUGAACAGGCUACCUGUCCCUGAAGCCUUUGUGUUCAAUGGGGAUUCUGUUCAGUUUGUUGAAUGGAAAUCAUCUUUCAAGUUUCUCAUUCGUGAAAGAAAUAUAUCCGGUGCUGAAAAGCUUUUUACCUGAAGAAACGGGCACCUUUUACAGAAACGAUGACGACGCUUACCAAGAAGCUUGGACUAAGCUGAAUCAGCGCAAUAGUCAACUGCUUCUUAUUCGGACAGUGUUCAGAGAGAAACUUAAAAAUGCCCAAAAAUUCAACCUAAAGAAGCUCUAUGACUCAGAGCUUUCAGAUUUUCUGAAUGCAUGUCAAGAUGCCGCCCUGCGAUGGGCUGGCCCCCCAUCCCGGGUUGUUCCCUGCCUCGUGCCCAUUGCUUCUGGGAUAGGCUCCGGACCCCCCGCGACCCAGUAGGAUAAGCGGUUUGGAAAAUGGAUGGAUGGAUGUCAAGAUGCCAAACCACAAGUAAAGGGCCUUGAAAUACUGAAUUAUCAUGAAACCAAAAGGUUGUUAAAAGAUCUCUUGACUGGGGUUCAUCUCGAUGAAACAGACAGGUUACCCAGAUGUUAAAUGAGAAGCAAGAACCCCCCAGUUUCAAGGACUCUGUCGCCGCCUUUUUCACUGAAGCAGAGGUGGCUUGUAAUCCAGUGACUUCAUUUCAUGCUCUACAAUAUUUGGAUCCAUUUUCUGAGGACCAAAGAUUCUAGGAAGGCUGAAGUAGUGGAUCAAGCAUCAUCAAGGAAGGAUGAAGAAACGUUGUCUUUGCCAAGAUAAUAGAUACCAGCAUCAUGACUGCCCAAAGUUUGCAGCAAUGUCCUUAGAGGAGUGACAGAAAAAAUAGAAAAAAAAUGGGAAACUCUAUUAUGGCUGCUUUAGAUUUGGCCACAAUGCAAGGGACUGUCAUCAUCGCCACUUUUGUAAGGGUAAGCAUCACACCUGCCCCCAUGAUGACAGCUAUGUGCACAUGAAGAGGCCUGCACCUCCCUCAACAUUUUAUCUCAAGACCAGGCAAACAACAGCUGUUAUAUCACUCUGUAUAACUGCAGAAAGCUCCCUGUACACCUCUAUUGUUGUGCCACAAUGGGUGUCAACAAAGAGUGAUCCAUACACAGAAAGACUUGUUUACGCUCUGCUUGACACUCAAAGUGACACCACCUUUAUCGAACAGGGAAUGAGCAAGCUGAAAUUAAUCCUGUGAAGCCAAGACUGACCACCAUGAAUGAAAAUUACACACUUCUUCAGAGUGAAAAGUCUUAGGGUUUUGUGUUAGAGGAUACAGUUCUGCUGCUUACAUAGAUCUUCCUCCAUCCUUCCACUGCCAAAGGAUUACAUAGGAUGUGAAACCUCUCAGAAAUAGCAGAUGAAAUUCCACCUCUCAACGACUGUGACAUUGGAUUGUUGAUUGGCUGUAAAUCCUCAAGACCCAUGGCACCAAAUCAAGUAACCUUAGGUGAAACUAACCAUUUGCCAUGGAGCAUUGUGGGCCGAUCUUCACUGGAGUUUGACAUGCCUAUCUAUCGCUAGUACUCUCUGCCAUCGUGUGGCCAUAAAAGAACUACAUCCAGCAACUCCUCAAGAUGCUAUUUGUGUUCUCAUAUCUGACUUCAGUGAUGAAACGGAACAUGACAAAACAGUGUCUCAACAUGUCAUCUCAGAGCUGGCAGUUGGAGACCUUGAAGUCAGAAGUGAUCAAACUCUAAAAAUCAGAACGACUGAACGAGUGAAUCUUGCUGAACUGUUUUCUUCUUGGACAUGAGCAGUAUGAGGUGUUGCACGUACUCUUAGACGCAUCAGCAAGGGUAAAUCCAGCGCUCUCACUACCCUGGCAGAAACAAACACAGGACAUAUAAUAAUCAAGAAUCUUCAAGGGCAAGUAUACUAAAAUCAGUAGAAUUUUCUGAGUAAGGAGUUUUCACUCCAAUCCCUCAAUAAGCUAUAAGCAAUAAGUUUGAAUCCCUUCCUCUACAAGGAUGGUUUGCUUAAUCUGGAAGGAAGAUCUGUUUCCCCAUCAUUCAAGCAUCCCACAAUUCCUCCCAAAGAUCAUUGUGUCACAAAACUGAUAAUUGCUCAUUGUCAUGAAAAGGUUGAGCAUCAAGGUAAAGGAUUCACUCUUAAUGAAAUCAGGUGAAUGGGCUUCUGGAUUCCAGGUAUUAAUCACACAGUAUCAUCAUUCAUUUAUCAGUGUGUGAACCACAGAAGACUCAGGAAGCCUGUAGUGGGGGAAAAAAAGAUGGCCAACUUGCCUCCUGAACGUGCGGGAUCGUCACCUCCAUUUGCUCACUGUGGAAUGGACUGUUUCGGGCCAAUGAUGACCAAACAGGGAUGGAAGGUGCAUAAGAGCAUCGCCGACUGGAAACCGAUACAACAAGCCCCCCAUCCCCCCAGCAAGCAGCACCCAGGUCGACCGCAGGGGCCCGCCAGUCAUGACGGCCCUCAGUGUGGAUCCUGAGAGCCGGCCGGGCGAGUACGUCCUCAAGAGCCUGUUUGCCAACUUCACCACGCUGUCGGAGCGCAAGAUCCGUAUUGUCAUGGCCGAGCCCCUGGAAAAGCCAAUUACAAAAUCCCUUCAGAGGGGAGAGGAUCCGCAGUUUGACCAGCUGAUCAGCACCAUGAGCUCGCUGGCCGAAUACUGCCUCCCCUCCAUCCUGCGGACCCUGUUCGACUGGUACCGGAGGCAGAACGGACUGGAGGACGAGUCCCACGAGUAUCGGCCCAGAGCCAACACCAAGUCCAAAAAUGAUGAGCAGCAGAAGGAUUACUUGCUUGAGAGGCGGGAUCUGGCCAUCGAUUUUAUUUUCUCUCUAGUGCUAAUCGAAGUCUUAAAACAGAUUCCACUCCAUCCACUCCUGGACAACCUCAUCCAGGAAGUCGUCAAUGUGGCAUUUAAGCACUUUAAAUACAAAGAGGGGUACCUCGGGCCCAACACUGGUAGCAUGCACAUUGUAGCUGACUUAUAUGCAGAAGUGGUGGGAGUUGUGGCCCAGUCCAGGUUCCCUGCUGUAAAGAAGAGGUUCAUGGCAGAGCUGAAGGAGCUGCGGCCGAAGGAGCAGAACCCCUUCGUGGUCCAAAGUACUAUCAGCCUCAUCAUGGGGCUGAAGUUCUUUCGUAUCAAGAUGUAUCCCGUGGAGGACUUCGAGGCCUCUUUCCAGUUCAUGCAGGAAUGUGCCCAGUACUUUCUGGAAGUCAAAGAUAAGGACAUUAGGCAUGCAUUGGCGGGGCUCUUCGUGGAGAUCCUGGUGCCUGUGGCUGCGACCGUGAAGAACGAAGUGAAUGUGCCAUGCUUGAGGAAUUUUGUAGAGAGUCUCUAUGACACAACUCUUGACCUGUCAACCCGGAAGAAGCACUCUCUUGCUCUGUAUCCUCUGCUCACCUGCCUGCUGUGUGUCAGUCAGAAGCAGCUCUUCCUCAGCCGCUGGCAUGUCUUUCUCAACAACUGCCUCUCCAACCUCAAGAACAAGGACCACAAAAUGGCUCGUGUGGCCCUGGAGUCUCUGUAUCGCCUGCUGUGGGUUUACUGUGUCCGGAUCAAGUGUGAGAGCAACACGGCCACGCAGAGCCGUCUCAGCUCCAUCAUCACCACCUUGUUCCCGAAAGGCUCCCGCAGCGUGGUCCCCCGUGACAUGCCCCUCAACAUCUUCGUAAAGAUCAUCCAGUUCAUCGCCCAGGAACGGCUCGACUUCGCAAUGAAAGAGAUCAUUUUUGACCUGCUGUGUGUGGGAAAACCGGCAAAAGCUUUCAGCCUUAAUCCGGAGAGGAUGAACAUCGGGCUCAGGGCCUUCCUGGUGAUUGCGGACAGCCUGCAGCAGAAGGAUGGAGAGCCGCCCAUGCCUAACACGUGUGCCACCCUGCCCUCGGGCAACACGCUGAAGAAGAAGAAGACCUAUCUGAGUAAGACCCUGACUGAGGAACAGGCCAAGCUCAUCGGCAUGGCCUUGUACUACUCUCAGGUGCGCAAAGCCAUCGACAGCAUCCUCCGACACUUGGACAAGGAGGUGGGCCGUUGCAUGAUGCUGACCAACGUGCAGAUGUUGAACAAGGAGCCUGAGGACAUGAUCACUGGUGAGAGGAAGCCGAAGAUUGAUCUCUUCAGGACCUGCGUGGCUGCCAUCCCACGCAUCCUCCCGGAGGGCAUGUCCAAGCUGGAGCUCAUUGACCUUCUCUCAAGGUUGACCAUCCACAUGGACGACGAGCUGCGUCUGAUCGCCCAGAAUUCCCUGCAGAGCCUGCUGCUGGACGUGCCGGAGUGGCGCGAGGACGUGCUCUUCGGCUUCACGGGCUUCCUGCUGCGGGAGGUGCAGGACACCCACCACGGCCUGCUGGCCUCCACCGUCAAGCUACUGCUGCAGCUGUUGGCACAGUGGAGGCUGCUGAUGCAGGCCCCCGGCAAGCCCCGUGGGGCUGAGGGAGGCUCUGGACACCCCCACAUGGACCGGGGGCCCCACAGUGCUGUGCUGCAUGCUGUGGAAGGUCUGGCUCUGGUGCUGCUUUGCUCCUGCCAGACCGGCACCCGGAAGCUGGCCGUUGCCGUCCUCCGCGAGGUCCGCUGCCUCUUCGCCAUCAUCGGGCAGACCGAGGAUGACGAUAAGCCCAUGAUUGAGGUCAUGGACCAGCUGAGCUCUGCAGUGCUGGAGAGCUUCGUCCACGUGGCAGCGUCCGACUCGGCCAGCCAGCCACUAGGCCACCUUGUGGAUCUCCAGUGGUUGGUGGAGUGGAGUGCCGUGUUGGUCAGCAGCGCCUACGACGUGCGAAGCCCCUCCCACGUGUGGAUCUUCGCCCAAUCGGUGAAGGACCCCUGGGUGCUGUGCCUGUACAGCUUCCUGCGGCAGGAGAACCUGCCGAGGCUGUGUCCCACUGCACUGGGCUACGCCUGGCCCUACGCCUUCACCCGCCUGCAGCUGCUCAUGCCACUGGUGGACCCCAACAGCCCCAUGAACGCCAAGCGGGCGAGCAUGGCAGGCAGCAGCAACGAUGCCUACGUCAGCCUGUGGAGGAACUACCUGAUCCUCUGCCUGGGCGUGGCCAAGCCCAGCAUCAUGAGCUCGGGACACCUACGUGCCUCUACGCCCGAGAUCAUGGCCACCACGCCUGACGGCAGCAUCAGCUACGACAACAAGGUGAUCGGGACCCCAUCCGUGGCCUGGCUCCUGAAGCAGCUGGUUCCCCUGAUGAGGGUGGAAAGCAUCGACCUCACAGAGUCGCUGGUGCUGGGCUUCGGCCGUACCAACGCGCUAGUCUUCAGGGAGUUGGUGGAGGAGCUCCACCCUUUAAUGAAGGAGGCGCUGGAACGAAGACCAGAGAACAAGAAACGGCGUGAGAGGCGGGACCUGCUGCGCCUGCAGCUGCUGCGCAUCUUUGAGCUUCUCGCAGAUUCUGGAGUCAUCAGUGACAGCACCAGCGGGGCCCUGGAACGCGACACCCUGGCCCUGGGUGCCCUCUUCCUGGAGUAUGUGGACCUGACGCGCAUGCUGCUGGAGGCCGAGAACGACAAGGACGUGGAGAUCCUCAAGGACAUCCGGGCUCACUUCAGCGGCAUGGUGGCCAACCUCAUCCAGUGUGUCCCCGUCCACCACCGCCGCUUCCUGUUCCCCCAGCCGAGCCUGCGGCACCACCUCUUCAUCCUGUUCUCCCAGUGGGCGGGGCCCUUCAGCGUCAUGUUCACCCCACUGGACCGCUACAGUGACCGCAACCACCAGAUCACCCGCUACCAGUACUGCGCCCUUAAGGCCAUGUCUGCUGUGCUGUGCUGCGGGCCCGUGUUCGACAACGUAGGCCUCUCACCGGACGGAUACCUUUACAAGUGGCUGGACAACAUUCUGGCCUGCCCAGACCUGCGAGUUCACCGACUUGGCUGCGAGGUGGUGGUCUUACUGCUGGAGCUCAACCCAGACCAGGUUAACCUCUUUAACUGGGCAGUUGAUCGCUGCUUCACAGGCUCUUACCAGCUUGCCUCAGGCUGCUUCAAGGCCAUUGCUACGGUCUGUGGAAGCAGAAACUAUCCGUGUGACAUAGUUACGCUUCUCAACUUGGUGCUUUUUAAGUCCUCAGACACCAACAGGGAAAUCUAUGAGAUUUCAAUGCAGCUGAUGCAGAUCCUGGAGACGAAGCUCUCUGUGUACUCCAAGAAGAUCAUGGAACAGAGGUCCAACAGCGUGCUGUACGGCACCCACGGCCCCCUGCCCCCGCUGUACAGUGUCUCCCUGGCCCAACUCUCCAGCCAGCUGGCCAGGAUGUAUCCACAGCUCACACUACCACUCUUCUCAGAGGUGAGCCAGCGGUUCCCCACCACCCACCCCAAUGGUCGCCAGAUCAUGCUCACUUAUCUUCUGCCAUGGCUUCACAACAUCGAGUUGGUGGACAGCGGCCUGCUGCCGGCCUCCAGCCCCUGUACACCCGAGGACGAGACCCACAUCCAGGCUGGCAGCCUAGGACUCACACACUGGCUGAAGGGCAGCGGCUGGGGUUCACUACAGGCCACCUCGCUGGUCCUCAACAACCUCAUGUUUAUGACCGCCAAGUACGGCGAUGAGGCUCCGGGCCCGGAGAUGGAAAACGCCUGGAACGCCUUGGUCAGCAACGACACGUGGAGCAGCAACCUGCGCACCACCCUGCAGUUCCUCACCAGCCUGUGCGGCGUGAGCAGCGACACCACCCUGCUGCCCCACAUCAAGAAGGUGGUGAUCUACCUGUGCAGGAACAACACCAUCCAAACCAUGGAGGAGCUGCUGUUUGAGCUGCAGCAGACGGACCCUGUGAACCCAGUGGUGCUCCACUGUGACAACCCGCCCUUCUACCGCUUUGCGGCCAGUAACAAAGCCUCGGCGGCAGCCUCCGGCACGACGUCCAGCAGCAACACGGUUCUGGCCGGCCAGGAGAGCCUACCAGACACAGACGAGACCAAAGUGGCCCGAGAGACAGAGGAGAGGCUUUCUAGUGUGGUUAAGGCCCACAACAGACUGGAAUCUCGCAACAGCAACAGUUCUGGGGGGUCCUAUGACGAUGAGAAAAGUGACCCACUGCCGCCUUAUGCAGGGUGGCUCCUUGGUGUGCUGGAGACCAAUCAGCCACAACCACUACCCAUGCCAACCAAUGGGGGAUGCUGGGCACCGUUGGUGGAUUACCUGCCUGAGACCAUCUCCUCACGAGCACCCCUACACAGGUGCAACAUUGCAGUCAUCUUUAUGACAGAGAUGGUGGUGGACCACAGUGUAAGGGAGGACUGGGCCUUGCACCUGCCACUGCUCUUACAUGCUCUCUUUUUGGGCCUGGACCACUACCGGCCAGAGGUGUUCGAGCACAGCAAGCGCCUCCUUCUGCACCUCCUCAUCACGCUCUCCUGCAACAACAGCUUCCAGGUCAUCGCCUCGGUGCUCCUGCUCUCUCGAGAUAUGGGGGGCAGCAGGACACUGACUGUCAGGUCGAGCUACCAGCCUGAGUUCCUCUACACAGGUGGCUUUGACUUCCUGCGGGAGUGCCAGGCAUCGCCAGCAGUAGACUCGGGCUUGAGCUCAUCCUCCACCUCGUCAAGCCUCAGUCUAGGCGGCAGUAGCUGCGGGGGGGGCCUGCCUCAGAUCUCCCCAGACUUGGAGGAGCUGGAGGAGUCCUCCACCGAGUCAAUCGAGAAGACCAACAAGCUCAUAGAGUUCCUCACCACAAGGACGUUUGGGCCACUUUGGUGCCACGAGGACAUCUCGCCCCGCAACCCCAACUCCAAGAGCGCAGAGCAGCUGUCUAACUUCCUGCGUCACGUGGUUUCAGUCUUCAAGGAGUCCAAGACAGACUUCCACCUGGAGCAGCAGCUGAGCGACGUGAUCCUGCAGACGGCCCUGUGCAGCUCCUCACGCCACUAUGCCGGCCGCUCCUUCCAGAUGUUCCGGGCGCUGCGGCAGCCGCUUUCGGCCCGCGGCAUGUCGGACCUGCUGUCCCGCCUGGUGGAGGUGGUCGGGGAACAUGGAGACGAGGUGCAGGGCUACGUGAUGGAGAUCCUCCUCACUCUGGAGGCUGUGGUAGACAACUUGGCGGAGUGUCUCAAGAACAACGAGCUGUUGAUGAUUCUGACUAGGGCAUCCUCUCCUGAGUUUCAGGCGUGCGGGAAGCUGAACUCCAACAGAAAGAGCACCGGCCAGCUGAAUUUGCCGCAGGGCCUGGGCAGCACAGCCGAACGUAGUCGCCACCAACGCAGCUACUCGGUGCCCAAGAAGUUUGGGGAGAGCGGGGAGCAGUCUGGCAUGGAUCCGCCCCGCAGUGCCACUCUGGACCGCAUUCAGGCCUGCACCCAGCUCGGCGGGGGCGGUGGGCCGGGGGGGUCUCCCCGCAGUUCGUCCUGCUCCUCCUCCAGGGACGAGGCGUCCGCUCUCAGCAGGGACCCCAGCCACGCCAGUCACCCCGCCAACUUGCUGGCCACAGCCUUCUGGGUGGCGGUGUCGCUGAUGGAGUCCGACUUUGAGUUCGAGUACCAGAUGGCCCUGCGGCUGGUGCACAAACUUCUGGCUCGUGUGCCCCUGGACCGUCCUGAGAACCGGGACCGGUUGGAGAAGCUGCAGGCCCAGCUGCGUUGGAGCGGAUUCCCUGGCCUCCAACAGCUUCUGGUCAAGGGCUUCACCUCGUCCGCCACAGCCGAUGUCACGCUGCAGCUCUUCUGCCAGCUCACGCCCGUGUCCCGUGUGCCUGUGGUGGACACCUCCCAAGCCAUUGGUUUCCCACUUAACAUCCUGUGCCUGCUUCCGCACCUGAUCCAGCACUUUGAUGGCCCCACCCAGUUCUGCAGGGAGAGCGCAGAGAGGAUCGCUCAGGUGUGUCUGGAGGAGAAGAACACCAAGCUGUCACACCUGGCACAUGUGAUGACGCUGUACAAGACGCACUCAUACACGCGUGACCCCUUCUCCUGGGUCAGCGUGGUGUGCCGGUACCUGCACGAAGCCUUCCCGGACAUUACUCUCAACAUGGUCACCUACAUGGCAGAGCUGUUAGAGAAAGGACUUCCCAGCAUGCAACAGCCACUGCUGCAGAUCAUAUACAGCCUGCUGAGUCACAUGGACCUCACUGGAAUCCAAUUCAAGCUGUUUAACGUCGAGGUGCUGAAAACCAUUGAGAAGUUUGUGCAGACUGUGCACUGGAAGGAGGCCCUCAACAUCUUGAAGCUGGUGGUGUCUCGGUCUGCUAGCCUGGCCCUGCCCUCCUAUCCCCAUGGUGAUUCAGCACGCCUGGAGGUCGGAAGGAUGUGGAACGGUUCCCCCAAAGGCCUACCGGGGAAGACGUUGGAUUUCCACUUCGACAUCUCUGAGACGCCAGUGAUUGGCAGGAGGUUCGAUGAGCUACAAGGCUCAGCAGGGCGGGAUGGAAAGGUCCGGGCCAUUGCGGUGACCCGAAGCACCUCAUCCACGUCCUCGGGAUCCAACUCCAACAGCGUGCUGGUGCCGGUCAGCUGGAAACGGCCGCAGUCGUCGCAGAAGAGGACCCGGGAGAAGCUGGUGAACGUUCUCUCUCUGUGCGGGCAGGAAGUGGGACUCAGCAAAUACCCAUCGGUGAUCUUCUCGUCUUGUGGGGACCUGGAUAUGAUGGAGCACCAGCCCAGCCAGGUGUCCUCAGAGGAAGGCGGGCGGGACCAGGACAACAUGGAUGACACCGCCUCCGAGCAGCAGUUCCGCGUCUUCCGGGACUUCGACUUCUUGGACGUGGAACUGGAGGACGGAGAGGGCGAAAGCAUGGACAACUUUAACUGGGGUGUGCGGAGACGCUCGCUGGAUGGUGGGGACCUGCAGGACCUGCUGGAGGAGGGCCAGACAGAGGGAGGGCCCCCUGGGCUGGGGGAGACCACACGUGAGGACUCAGAUGAGUCAUCGGAAGAAGAGUCGCUCUCUACCAGCCAAAUCUUGUCACGAUCUCAGCUCGAGAUGAACCUUUCUCCCUCUGAAGAGACCACCAACACAGACUCCCUCUCCCCUUCUCUGGACACCACCUCAGCCGAACCGCUGUCUCUCAACACUGGGACCCCAAGCAUCGAGGUGUCCCUGGUGGAGGACUCUGGGCCACAGGCCGAGGUGUCGGCGGAUGACGAGGACAGCAAUGCCCAUGACGACGACCUGUCGCUGUCCGUCAGCGAGCCGCCACCGGGCUUCGACGGCAGCGAUAGCUUUGCCUUGGACGUGGAGCAGGGCCGCAACCACGGGGAGCUGGAACUGGACGCCAGCUGCAGCCUGGCGCAAGCCGGCGACGAGUUCCCGCGGCCUUCACCGCCACCCUCGCCGUUCUUCUCCGCCAUCCUGGCCGCGUUCCAGCCGGCAGCCUGUGACGACGUCGAGGAAGCCUGGCGCUGCCACAUCAGCCGGCUGGUGUCCGACUCGGACGGCUCCUGCGCCGUCUACACCUUCCAUGUGUUCUCCUCGCUUUUCCAGAACAUCCAGAACAAAUUCUGCUCUUUGACUCGCGAUGCUGCUGGUUACCUUGGAGACAGUCUUCGCGGCAUCGGGUCCAAGUUCAUGAGCUCCUCCCACAUGCUGACCUCCUGCUCCGAGUGCCCUACGCUGUUUGUCGACGCCGACACUAUAAUCUCUUAUGGAUUGCUGGAGAAGAUGAAGUUCAGCGUGCUGGAGCUGCAGGAGUAUCUAGACACCUACAACAACAGGGAGGAGGCAGCCAUCUCAUGGCUGCAAAACUGCAAGGCCAGCUUUCCUCAGGGUCCCGGUGACGGUGUGAUCACUUCCCAGCCAGGGGACUCCAUGGAGAAGCAAAUGGAAUCUCUUGCCCAACUGGAGCUGUGUCAGAGGCUCUACAAGCUCCACUUUCAGCUGCUGCUGCUUUUCCAGUCCUACUGUAAGCUGGUUGGUCAGGUGCACAGCAUCAGCACCGUGCCGGAGCUGCUAAACAUGUCACGGGAGCUGAGCGAGCUGAGGACCGCCCUAAGAGCAGCAGCAGCGGGCUUGGAGGCGCAGGGCCCUGGGUGUCCCAGCACUGCGCCCACAUUCCCGUCCUCCGAGGCAGCCGUGCAGGCCGUGCUGGAAUGUCUGCGGAGCCAGCAGCUGGCCAGCGCCAUCCGGCACAUCCGCGAGUGCAGGACCCUGUGGUCCAACGACAUCUUUGGCAGCAGCUCCGAAGACGAGGUCCAGACCCUGCUGAACAUCUACUUCCGGCAUCAGACCCUGGGUCAGACAGGCACCUAUGCACUGGUUGGAUCCAGCCAGGAUUUGUCCCAAAUUUGUGUCCAGCUCAUGGAGCUCAACAGUGAAAUCCAGGACAUGGUCCGACGGGCCCGGAACUACCGAGUCGUCACGGCCUACAUCCCUGACUCUAGUGUGUUUGGCACGAGCCUCUGACAGGGGGUGUGGCUUUCCUGGCCCUGCCUUCCCCCAGCCCUGGUGGGGGCACCUUCUUGGUCACCGAGUACCCUGACUCUUCCCCCUCCGUCUGGGGGUGUCCCAUAGUCCCCGCUUUGCCACAGAUAGGGGCCGGUCCAGAGCUUAAAAAGGGGGUUCCUGCGUGGGGGUUGUGCCCACCUUACUGUGGAUCUACGUCAUGAAAUGAUGCGGCGAGGUAAUGCACCACCCAUGUCGGGGCACCGCUGAUGGAAGAGACACCAAAGUUUAAAAAUAUACAUGUAUGAAAAACAAUGUGCUUCUGCAGACAUUCACUUUAUCGGACCGUUUCUGGGGAAACCUGCAACGCUUCGGCCCUGUGUACCCAGUUCACUGUGUCACACACAGGCAACACUGAGGAUCGGCUCGGCUCUUUGAAUGUUUGGAGAAUUAGGUGACUGGUCUGGUUACAUCAGACUUUAUAUAUAUGUGUAUAUGUUUUAUAGCUUAGCUAUUGUUAGGAGCUCGCGCUCAUGAAGCUGUCUGGCAGCAAGAUACUGUCCAUUGGACACUGUAGCGCAACAACUUGUGCAUCAUUGCGUGUAGCCACCUUCCGAUUCAUCGAAUUCCAACUACCAUUUCUCAGUCAGCUAGGCGAUUUAAGUGAUCCUGUCCGACAUACUAUCAGCCUACUGUCAUUACUUUUAGAAUUGCUAUUUAUAUUGAGAAACCGAGAUGUCAGACUUAAGGUUUUUACACAAUUAAAUGUGUCUGUCGAUGCUGCCAGGCAUGUAUACUGUAUGAACAGCGGGUCCGGUCACAGAUAUUUAUUAAACUUGUAGCUCUGUUGAAAGAUGCAUCUGUAUAUAAGCGUGUUCUCAGGUUUAUUUCAAAGUUUGUCUGGUACAGAGCCCCUGAACGGACUUGUGGGGAAAAAAAGGAAGUGCUCUAUCGUGUGCAUUCGAAAGAGCAUUUUAUCUUUGUGCACAGGCCCCAUCAGGGGCUUUGUAGUCUGAUCGUAGUAAGUGUAAAAAUAUAAAGCACGUUUUUCCUCCAUGUAAA